CUCUUUCCUAUUUCUGACCAGGAUUGUUAAAAAUGAGUCUGCGGAAGCAAACCCCUAGUGACUUCUUGAAGCAGAUCAUCGGCCGACCAGUUGUGGUGAAAUUAAACUCUGGCGUGGAUUAUCGAGGGGUCCUGGCCUGCCUGGACGGCUACAUGAACAUAGCACUGGAGCAGACAGAAGAGUACGUCAACGGGCAGCUGAAGAACAAGUACGGGGACGCGUUCAUCCGCGGAAACAAUGUGUUGUACAUUAGUACACAGAAGAGAAGGAUGUGAAGACACCAGCAAGCACUUCUCCUCAAACUUGGAUUGGGUUGGUUAGUUUUGGUUGGUUUGGCUUUGUUUUUUUU